AAAACCAUCAAAAGCCUUACAUCCUUUCUACUUUCUAAAGUCGAUUCGAUCGAGCUCCCGAUUCUCCACAGACCAGCCAUGUCUUCCUCCCAGCAACCCGCUUCUAACAGGCUACAAGGCAAGGUCGCACUGAUCACCGGCGGAGCGAGCGGCAUCGGCGCCGCCGCCGCCGCGCUCUUCGCCCAUAACGGCGCCAAGGUCAUAAUCGCCGACGUCCAAUCCGAACUCGGCCACUCCGUCGCCGAGCAGAUCACCUCCACCUCCCUUUUCCCAGUCGCCUACGUCCAAUGCGACGUCAGCAAAGAAUCCGACGUCGAAAACGCGGUAAACGGCGCCGUAUCAUCCCACGGGAAACUCGACAUCAUGUUCAGCAACGCCGGGAUCAUGGGCCAGCUCGCGGGGAUGCAGAUCUCGACAGCGGACGGCCAGGAUCUCAUGAGAGUCUUCGAAGUCAACGUCCGCGGCGCGUUCCACUGCGCCAAGCACGCGGCGCGCGUGAUGAUCCCGGAGAAGAGCGGGGUGAUUCUUUUCACCGCGAGCAGCGUUACGACGACGUUUGGGAACGCGCCGCACGCCUAUACGGCGUCGAAGCACGCGGUGGUUGGGUUGAUGAAGAACCUGACCGUGGAGCUGGGUGGGUACGGGAUUCGGGUCAACUCGGUUUCGCCCGACGGGGUUCCGACCCCGAUGGCGAUGAAGGCGAUGGGGAUGGACCGGAAGGCGGUUCAGGAGCUCGGGUCGCAGAGGGCGAGCUUGAAGGGGACGAUGCUGGACGAAAACGACGUCGCGGAGGCGGCGAUGUACCUGGCGAGCGAGGAGUCCAAGUUUGUGAGCGGGUUGAACCUCGUGGUGGAUGGCGGCUACAAUUUGAAGAGUGCUUAAUUUCACUGAUCAUUUGGGAAUCAUUUGGUGCUUAAGGGACAAUAAUAAUGAUUUUCGGCGUUUUGUCG